CCGGAGGUCGCGCCAUAUCGAAGGGAGCAUGACGCAGCCAUGUCGCGGCAUGGCGUCGCCGACGUCCCCCGACCGCCAGCGAUGGUUGAGGAUCGCUCUCUCCACGUUCAGUGCUGCCUGCUCGGUUGCACUGAUGUGUCUGUACGCUUUUGGGGGAAAUUCUAACAAGCCGCAAGUAGACAGCAUGUAUCACAUGUGGUUGGGAUCAAACGGGCUGCCGUUGAGUCCGAGGAAGCAGCGAGGGCUUCUCUUCCAGUUCUGCACGACCAACUUUGUCACAGAAGCAGAGAUGAGGUAUUGCUAUGCUCGUCUCCUCUCUGUCGGCAAUCCUAGUGGGCCUGUCAAGUACUCGGGGCAACCACAGUAUGAUUCAGAGCAGGUCGUUUCGCCUCUGUUUACUUUCGCUGCUCCGCCGAUGGCAGAAGCUGGGGAGAGCAGCGGUGAAAGUUCAGGAGGAGCGCAGGAGAAGAGCAGCAGCAGCCAGCAACUCUUCCAAGCUCCUAAGGCUCACCCGAGCGCCGCUCCCAAGCACCGACUUUCUCAGUUAUCGGCGACGGACAAGGCGCUUGCAAGAGCAUACGAGCAGGGGUUUGAAGCUGCACUGCAUGCUAGAGAGGCAAACUCGCGAAAAGUCGGGGCGGAGAAAGUGACGCCGAAGCAGAAGCAGAUGGUUGUGCGUCCUGUGAGCUUGGGGGCAGCGGCUGAGACCAGCCCUGCGAACGAAUGGUCAGCGUUUGAGUCGUUGGAGAACCGGUACAAGAAGAUGCAGCUGCAUGCGGCUGCG